AUGGGCUGCUGCUUGUCGAGAGAGGACGACCAUAGCGGUGGUGAAGUGCUGCUGCCCAAGGGCCGGACCAGUAACAAGCGAGUGGACAAUUCAAUUGACGUGGACCCCGUGAAGAAAGAAGGCAGUGCGAGCGGCAGCUACAAAUCACCGUCGGCUGUCGUUGCAGCUGCUGACGUGAACACGAAAGUGCCUACCAAGCCACAGCCAGUCAAAAAGCCGGUGGAGAACGUCGACUUGCUCGGACUUGAUGACGAGGCGCCGACGCCACUGAGGGCGGAAACUCCUGCUGUGAGGCCACAUAAGUUAGCGUCGAAAACGACGCCGCUGCCCAGAGAGGCUACGGUAUCUUCCAAGACGUCGUCAAAGACGCCCGUGGAGGCAGAUGAGGACAAUGUGAUGGCGUCAGCGCUCACGUCUGUGGCUGUCAAGACAGAAAAUGUGGACAAAGUCAAGGGGAAUGAUCGUGAUCAAGACAUUGUAAACGACCGAGCGGGCAAUACUGGGGGCAAAAACGAUGAAGCAAAGGACACGCUCAAUGAGCCAAAACCGAAGAAGAUCUCAUCUACGAAAAAGUCCAAGAAGAAACGAAAGAAAAGCAAAAAGUAG